AUUCAAAAUUAAAAAUCGAAAUCGAUACGUUUGAUGCAAGUUCAAGAAAUAAUGAUAUUUCAAAUCGACCUGAAGUAAUUGUGCUAUCUGAUACAGACGAUGAGCCAGUGCUAGAAUCAGCAUCAAGUUCAUUUAUUCGAAAUUAUGAAGAUUUACAAAUUUCUAGCAGCUCUGAAAGUGAAUAUAAUAGUGACAAUAAUUUAAAUGAUUAUGUGUCUACGGAUAAUCUAAAAGAUAAUGAUAUAUUUGAAAAUGAUUUGAAAAAUGACAAUAACUAUGAGCAUCAACCAAUAUUUGCCCAAUUUGGUCACAAUUUAACUGUCGAUCAAGUCGAAUAUUACCUUGAGUUUCAAGAAUAUCCUAAAACUUCCGAAACUGGUGUCGCUAGUGUACCUGUUAAAAAAAUUUACUGCUCAUGCCUUGGUGUAAAAGUAUGCGAAUUUGGCUCAGCAACUCUCGAUAUUGAACAUACAUCGGUUAAUUUUGAAGAUCAACUUUAUAAAAACAUCUUCGAUGCAAAUGAAUUUUCGGUUGAUACAUUUACUUUUAACACAUACGGUCAAGCUUAUAAUACACCAUGUUCUUAUAUUGAUCCAAUUACUAAUAUUCGCUGCAAUGGAGUUUCUAUUCUUAAAAAAUAUAAACAAUUUAUUGGAUGCCAAAAAUAUCAAUUCGGUCAAAAGAGGCACUGUUAUAUUUCAAUUAGUCAGCGUGCGAAUAUGGAAUACCUUGAACAAUUAUUUCAAAAUUAUACAUACUAUUCAAAUGAAAUUAACAGAAAAAAUUAUACAAAUAAAUCUGUUAAUGAAUGUUUCACAGUUUUUCCAAAUUCUUCUACAAUGAGCCAUUGUCAUGAGUAUAAUUAUUUCAAAUUAAG